AUGUACAACUUCAAUGUGGGCGUUUUGCUUGAAUUGUUCGACAGGAUCUUCCAAAAGAACCGAAAUGUAAGUUUUUUUAUUUUUCUCGGACACGUUUCGUCGUAUAACUGCGCGUGCAGGCUACAGGGUUUUCGGUUCCCGCCGUUUGGGGUGGGAGACUUUUCGGUCCCCGGCUUUUCGGCUGGCGCCUUUUCGGUCCCUGGGCUUUUCGGGUGGGGACUUUUCGGGCGAUGAGUAAAAAAUUGUAAAAUACGAUACUACUGAUCACGCAAUAUUGUAAAUAAUUUUAAAAAACGUUUUAAUCCGUUUUUGGGGGUUUCGAGUUAGAAUCACCCACCCUGCGACAUUUCAAUACAAAACUUCAAAAUAACAUUAGAUAGAAGAAGUGAUAAAAGUAUAACAUUAUCAAAUCGCCCAUGAAGAACUCGAAUUUCUAUAUGAAAUUAGCAUAAAAUCCUACAUUAAAUCGGAAAAUUCAUUAAUUUUCCUUGGUGGAAUCGUUCAGAACAUUCGCUAGUAAUCUUAUCAUUUUCGAAUUGUGUUAUUAUUGUUAUUUUCCGUUUUUUCUUUUGUAAUUCGUUAAUUAAUAAUUAUUAAUAAUUAAUUUUUCAAAUACUUUCUGGCAAAAAUAAACUUCAUUUUCGGAUUCUUCUCGGUCGAUUAUCUAAAAGAAUCUGUUUUUUAGCCGAACACCCCAAAAACGGAAUAAAAAGUUUUUUUUUUAAAUUAUUUACAAUAUCACGUCAUCAGUAGUAUCUUAUAUUACAGUAUUUUACUAAUCACCCGAAAAGUCCCCACCCGAAAAGCCCAGGGACCGAAAAGGCGCCAGCCGAAAAGCCGGGGACCGAAAAGUCUCCCACCCCAAACGGCGGGACCGAAAAGGCGGGGACCGAAAGAGGGGGGACCGAAAAGUCCCGGCCCCGGGUUUUUUAUGUUCCCAAAUCUGUAAAACAAAUCUAGAUCGUGGAGGAUAAAUUACAUCCGGAUGUAAUUAGCACGAUGUCUCAGUGAAUAUCAAAUUGUGAGCUUUUAAAUUUCAGGAGUCGAGUGAUGUCCUAGCCAAGCUCGAUAUUAUCUAUCAAGAAUUGGUCAAAAGCACCUUUUACUAUGUCUCCCGAGCUCUGUACAAACAGGAUCGUCUGACAUUUGCUCUACGGUUCGUGAAGGCUGAACUGUUCGAUGAUAAGGUAAGGGUUUCAAACUGUGAUUUCUGUUUUUAGAUGUUGUAUUAGGUACCAGCGAAGAAUUAGUUUAAAACUGCCGUCUUUGAUAAUUGUAUUACCUAAAUUCAUGCUUAUGAUUUCCUCUUGCAGGAGUGGAACUUUUUCUGCGGCAACCUGGUGGAUGAAGCGGUCUUGGACUCUGCAUCUGCACCUUCUUGGCUGUCCGAAGAGGUUCAACUACAAGUCGCGAGAUUACGAGUGUGUCUUUCUCUCUUUAUUCACAAUUAGGUUUGCAAGAUCGGUCUUCAUGGACAGACUAUGCAUAACAAUAGUAGCCAGCUUCCGGGGCAUAUUUAUCAGAAACUCAAAUUUCCAGAAGGUUCUUCUGAUCUCAACCGGAGAAUGCAAGCACCGCAAUGACGUCACUUGUUACGCGUAGUCUUCAAGUGCCAUCGAUUAAUCCGCCAUCCAUUGAGCUCAUAGUUGCCACCUAAUCGGCCGAUAUUGCUGAUCCUCGGUCUAUUGAAUAACGUCCAUUUUCUACCCGAUUUCUUACUCAUGAUUCACUCAGUAAGUUUUAUUUUUAGAUGUUAUUUCUUUCAAGGUUUAAGCCACUAAAAGCACGUCUAAUUUCGACUGCCUUUGAAGCAAAAUUUAUAUUGUACUUGAUAUUAACGUCAAAAAUUUUGAUCUCAGGAGUCGCACACCAGAUCUCCAAGUCCGUCCUUCCGUCUAUGGCUGAGUGCAGAGCCAGACAACCAAUUCCCAGCGGUUCCAUUGCAAGACGCACUCAAGAUUGCGUACGAGACGCCUCCGGGAAUCAAACACAAUAUUAGCGGGACUUUGAAACAAUGGAUUGACGUGGAAGCAAAUAGUGGGAAAUCGGAGUUGGAACUAAAGACUCAAUUCUUGUUGGCGUGGUUCCACGCUAUCAUCCAAGAAAGGAGGACGUGUAUUCCACAGGUAAAGUUAUGUUAUCCAUGAUAAGAUUUCCUUGAAAUUUAGGGAUGGCUAAAGUUUUACGAGUUCAAUUCGAACGACUUGAGAGUUGCCAGACAGGUCCUUGAUGUGAUGGGUUCAAAGAAUGGUGAGUUCUUUGCGUACUUUUUAGUUUUUUGUUGUUUAGGUUAUAAUUGGGAAGCGAUUCGCGGAUUUAUAGAAGAUGCGAUAUAUGGGGGAAGAAUCGAGAAUCAACUCGACAUUGGAGUACUGUCAGCUUACUUGGACAAGUUUUUGAGCCAAAAAAUGGUGAUGAGUAGAGAUGGGGAACUGGAUUCAAAUCUUAGAAUGCCCGAGGCUAAAUCAAUGAACGAGUGGCUGGAUUUCGUCAAGAAUAUGGUGAGGAAUGCCAUACGAGUUUAGUAAUAUUGAUACCAUCCGUAUGUAGCUGCAUAUUACGGUGUUGUGCGUUAGGGAAAGAUUUGAUCCAUCUAGGGAAAGUCUUGACUCAGGUCUGGAAAACGAUGUAAUUGGUAUCAGAAAUGUCUCGAGGAUGAAUUACAACCUUUUUCAGAUACCAGAAGAGGACAAGCCAUCGCUGUUUGGCCUUCCCGAGAACCUUGGAGCGACUUAUGAACUGGAACAAAGUCGGCAAACAAUAAAUUCCCUCAGGUCAAUGCAGAAAUAUAGCCGAUCAUCGACACUUGAGGCCUUCAGUCAGUGGGCAAAGAAACUUCAACCAGUUCUGGCAUUUUGGAAGCGGCUUCAUCAACAGAAUGACCUUCUUCAGGCAGAAUUGAAGGAUUCCGACUCGACUGACCCAAUUAUUGAUAUGCUAAACACCGAGAUGCACUUUGGAAUUGGAGUAAAUAGUUACAGGCUGUUAGAAUUCAUGUAUCAAAUUUAUAUUGUUUUAGGUAA